GCAAAUAGUUAACCAACACCAUAAUCAAAGUCACCAUCUAAUUAAAUAUCGUAGUUCUAAAAUUAAAGGCCAUGAGUAGCUUGGAAUGCAAAGGUUUUACAGAAGAGCAAGAAGCUCUGGUAGUCAAGUCAUGGAAUGUAAUGAAGAAAAAUUCUGCAGAAUUGGGUCUUCAAUUAUUCUUGAAGAUAUUUGAGAUUGCACCAUCAGCACAGAAGAUGUUCUCAUUCUUGCGAGACUCUAAUGUUCCUCUUCACCAAAAUGCGAAGCUUAAGCCCCAUGCCAUGUCUGUCUUUAUCAUGACUUGUGAAUCAGCAGUUCAACUAAGGAAAGCUGGCAAAGUUACUGUUAGAGAGUCUAGCUUAAAAAAAUUGGGAGCUGUCCACUUCAAAUAUGGAGUUGUGGAUGAACAUUUCGAGGUGACAAAGUUUGCCCUAAUGGAGACAAUAAAGGAAGCUGUACCAGAAAUGUGGUCAGCAGAAAUGAAGAAUGCUUGGGGUGAAGCUUAUGACCUGCUGGUUGCUGCCAUUAAGACUGAAAUGAAGCCAUCCACAUAGGAAAAUGUCUCUCCUUAAAUUCUGAUAAAUUUUGUUUUAUUAGAACAUUAAUUAAGAGUAAUUAAUUAUGCUAGUCUGUAAUUGUAUGUGCUUUUACAUAGUUGUUUCUACAUGUCACUGUAAUGAAAUAAUUGAUGUUGUUUUCA